UGUCCUGUAUGUUAUUAAUCUACUUGUUUCCUGUAUUCCAGAUGAGGUGACAAGAGGUAGACAUGUUUAAGUGGUUCCAGAACCGUCUUCAGAAAGGAAGCAGACAUUCUACUUCAGAGUUUGAGGGUGAAGAUAACACAGUCAUUUUUGAAUAUGGUCAGGUAGAGGUGGCAACUGAAGCAGUUCAGGGUGAGGUGGAUACUGAGGCAGUUUCAGGCAAGGUAGAUGCUGAAGCAGUUCCUUAUGAGGUGGACACUAAAGUAGUUCAUUGCAAAUUGCACACUGAAGCCGUUCAGGGCAAGGUGGAUGCUAAAGUAGUUCGGGGUGAUGUGGAUGGUGAAAGAGUUCAGAAUGAGGUUAACUCUGAAACAGUUCAAGGCAAGGUGAAUGCUGAAGAACUUUAUGGAGAUAUAGAUAUGGAAACAGUUCAUAGUGAAGUGGAAUCUGAAGCCACUCAGGGCAGCGAAAACAGGGAGGCCAUUCAGGGUGAUGACGAUGCUGAAGCAGUCCUGGAAAAUGUGGAUGCUGAAGCAGUUAUGGACGAAGUGGAUGCUGAGGGAGUUCAGAAUCAGGUGAAAAAUGAAGUAUUUCAAGGCAAGGAGGAUACUGAAGCAGGUCAAGCCAAGGUGGACACUGACACAGUACCUUCCAAGGAGGAUACUGAAGCAGUGCAAGCCCAGGAGGGCACUGAAACAGUGAAAACCAAGGAGGACACUGAAGCAGUAAAAGCCAAGGAGGACACUGAAGCAGUACAAGCCAAGGAGGACACUGAAGCAGUACAAACCAAAGACCACACUGAAAACAUGCAAGCCAAGGAUACUGAAGCAGGGCAAGAUAAGGUGGACACUGAAGCACUGCAAGAUAAGGGGGAUACUGAGGUAGUACAAGCCAAGGAGGAUGCUGAAGCACUGCAAGAUAAUGUGGACACUGAAGCACUGCAAGAUAUGGAGGAUACUCAACCAGUACAAGCAAACGAGGGUACUGACGUAGUACAAGCCAAGGAGGUUACUGAAGCAGUGCAAGCCAAGGAGGUUACUGAAGCAGUACAAGCCAAGGAGGUUACUGAAGCAGUACAAGCCAAGGAGGUUACUGAAGCAGUGCAAGCCAAGGAGGUUACUGAAGCAGUGCAAGCCAAGGAGGUUACUGAAGCAGUACAAGCCAAGGAGGUUACUGAAGCAGUGCAAGCCAAGGAGGUUACUGAAGUAGUACAAGCCAAAGUGAACAGUGAAACAGUGCAAGCCAAGGUGGACACUGAAGCAGUACAAGAUAAGGAGGACAUGGAAGCAGUGCAAGUCACAGUAGACACUGAAGCUGUACAAGGCAAGAUGGACACUGAAACAGUGCAAUAUAAGGUGGACACUGAAGAAGUGCAAGAUAAGGUAAACACUAAAGCAGUGCAAGCCAAGGUGGACACUGAAGCAGUCAAAAAAGUGGACACUAAAACAAAAACCAAAAGGGGACAUAAAGGGGGCACGUGCAAGCCAAGGAGAUAUGAAACAGUGCAAGCCAAGGUGGACAUUGAAGCAGUGCAAACCAAGGUGGACACUGAAGCAUUACAAGCCAAGGAGGAUACUGAAGCAGUGCAAGAUAAGAUGGACACUGAAGCAGUGCAAACCAAGGUGGACACUGAAGCAGUGCAAGCCAAGGUGGACACUGAAGCAGUGCAAGAUAAGGUGGACACUGAAGCAGUGCAAGCCAAGGUGGAUAUUAAAGCAGUGCAAGCCAAGGAAGAUGCUGAAACAGUGCAAGCCAAGGUGGACACUGAAGCAGUACAAGAUAAGAUGGACACUGAAGCAGUGCAUACCAAGGUGGACAUUGAAGCAGUGCAAGCCAAGGAAGAUGCUGAAACAGUGCAAGCCAAGGUGGACACUGAAACAGUACAGGCCAAGGUGGACAUUGAAGCAGUGCAAGAUAAGAUGGACACUGAAGCAGUGCAAGCAAAGGUGGACAUUGAAGCAGUGCAAGCCAAGGCGGACAUUGAAGCAGUGCAAGCCAAGGAAGAUACUGAAAUAUUUUAUAUAGAUCAAUGUUGUGCACAAAUGCCUUAUUUUCAGAAUUUAGCAUGUGAUAUUCAUGAAGAUCAGGUCAUUGACAGUUCUUGUAACAUUAUUGAAGCUAAAAAGUGUAAAAUCUUGUCAAAAUCCAAUGACCACAUGCAAAAUAUAUUUUCACAUGAAAUGAAAACACAAGUAAACUCACUGAAGCAAAAGUUACAAGAUCCAAGGGAUGAGAUAUUAUUUGAAACACAAGAAAAAUACAAUAUUCCAGGAAUAGAGAUUAAAGAAAUUGUAGCAGAAACUCUAAACCAAAAUAUUUCUUCAGGAGACAAUGAUUUGAUAGUAAGACAAAAACAUCAGGAAGUUCAUGAACAUGGAAUAUUGCCAGAGUUUCAGUGCAUUAUCUCUCUUUCUAGUCCAGAAAAUGUAGGUUCUCCAGAGCAGCAAAUAUUGACUAAUACAAAGCAAGAAGAUCUAGGAAUGGAUGAUAGUGUACCAAUCCUGGAACUUCUUCAUAGUGAUGUUGAUGUUCAUGAAUGGAAAGGACAUGAGAAUUAUGCCCAUGUGCCAACAUGUAUUGAAGAUGUAUCAGUACUAGAUAAAAGUGACUUAGGGUUAGAUAAUGCUUGUAAUAAUGUUUCAACAGUAUUACCAUCUGAGCAUCAUGUUGAGGUUGGAGAUAAUGAUGAUAUUCAGGGUGUCAAUGAUAACACAGAACUUACUAUCAGUGACAGUGCUCAGAUCUUUUUGUUCAGUGGAACCAAAUUAGACUUUGAUAAUGAGGAAUCCUUGGAAGUGAAAACAGAUACAUAUAAUCAGCACAGCUUCAGCGAGAUGGAGAAAAUGCCAGAUUUCUUUCAGCCUAUUAACUAUUGCUUACAAGAUAAACAAAAACUGGAAGAAGAAUCAGCUAGAGAUGAAAAGGGAUCUACAACAAUCUGCCCAUUAAUUGGACAUGGACAUCAAGUGCAUCUAGAGUCAUUGGAAAGAAUCUAUGGGAGCAGUAGCAAGAUUAAUACACUUGAUCCCUAUUUGUAUCCUCACCCCCAUUGCCCUCAGCUGUCUUGCUUUUACAACCAUCAUGGGAAACUGUGUACUGUUCUGAAUAAGCACUUUAUUUUAACGUACAUUAAAGAAGCCCCAGUGCUUAUUAACUUGUAUACAGAGACUUCAGCCUCUGCAUCAUUUGGGGGUGUAUUAGUUUGGAGAAUGGGUAAACCCUCUGUGCUUCAAGAGUUUCCAGAUGGCACUGAAAUCUGUUUUGAUGCAGUUAUAAUGCCAAAUGACACCAAAUAUACUGCUUUAGUUAUUUGGCAAGGUAUUAAGCCUAAAUUAGUUAUUGAGCCAUACUUUAAAUCGUAUGUUUUUGUAGAAGAGUUGCAGGAUCUUGAGGUUGAUUUUAUUAUAUUUCAUAAGGAAAAUGGACUGGUCAGCACUAUCAUUGGAGAAGAAAUAAAGAUUGCCACUUUUUGUAAAUCUGUUGUUUUUAUUAGUGGGAAGAAGGUCCAAAGUACUGAUGAUAUACAGAAACUCAAAGAAUGUGGUUCACAGUUAUAUGCAAAUGUAAUCAAGCUUGUUAGUAUUGGUUAUGAUGGCAAAAUAGUAUAUGGCUUCAUGUGCUCCUGCUUAUGGUCAGGCAUUAAACCAUCACAGCUCAAUUUACCAACAGAAUUUAACCAUGUUUUGUUGUAUAAAAAGAGAUGUGGGCAUUUUGCUAAGAGAAAUAGACAAUUAUAUUUGUACUGUGAUGUAGAUGUCGAGUUAAUUGUGAAUGAGAAGGGUCAUAGUCUUGUUUAUAAAAGUGAAAAUGAGGAAAUUUCAUUUCCUUGCACACACAAGGUUUAUUGUGGUAACAGAAAAGUUCUGCCUGCAGUUGGAGGACAAGUAAAAGCUCACAUCAAAAAGCAAAUUAGUAAAACUGGAGCAUUAAUGUGGGAUGCCUUAAUGGUUCAAAUUCCUGACAAAUCUUUAGUUCAAGUUUGUGAGACAUGUGCUGCUGAUGUGCAUGAAUAUAAAGAAUCAAUUAGAGAGAUUUCUUCUCUUAAUAUUUCCAAAGAAAAGUGUCUUCCACUCAUUUUAGAUGGGAAUAAUGAGCCUCAGGUAGGAACAGAAGAAACAGGCGAGUUUUACGAAAAGAGAAUAUUAUUGAAUGAUACAGGCAGAAGAGCAAAGAUAGAUGCUGCUCGCUCAGAAUUGGGCUCUAAUUCUGAUAUAAUGAAACUGAAUAAAAUUGAGUCUACUUUGACAUUUACUGAAGAGGAUAUUGUAAAUGAUAAUAAGGCUGUAUCUUCGCACGAUAACAUUUUACAAAUGGAUGAACUAAUGGAUAUGGACUCAGAGAAAACCUAUGAGGUCAGAUUAGAAACUAAUUCAAUCUGCUCUGUCUUGAAUUCUAAUUGUGAUCAAAAAACCUAUACAGAAAGUGUAAGGCAAGUGUCAGACAAUAUUUUGAACGAAGUGGAGUCUGUCAUUAAAGUUGAAGUGAAAAAUGAGGAUAUUUUAGCAGAGUUUAAAUGCAUUCAUAAAGUUGAUGAUUGUCCCCAAGUGAUGAAGAACUGCUCUGGAAAAUUAAGUUAUGUAGCUAAUUUGAAAGUUUUUAAUAUAUAUACUGAAUUAAAUGGAAAGCCCUUUGAAGUUCAUGUUGGUAGUGGGGCAUGGUUGGUUAACAGUGGUGUGGCUUCGACAGUUGAAAAAAGUGCAGUGGCUGUGCCUAUUUCUUUUGAUUUCUAUUUUGACAAGAGUCUACCACAUGGCCACCGUAUAGCAGCAAUGUGGGUAGGAGAGAAGCCACAUAAAGCUGUUAAUAAAAAUGUGAUAUAUUACUUUGAUAUACCUGGUAUUUACUGUGGCCUUUGUGGAGAGGACAUGAAUUUUAGAGUUUGUGUUGAUGACACUAUUAUUUUUAUUAAUGCCAGCAAUACCGAUAGGGUGUUUUCUUCAGAUGGAAAACACUGCAAGUCAAUCCCUUUAAAUGCCUCUGUAGUUCUACAUCUGAGAAAAUCCACAAAUAAAGUUACUGGAAUAAUUCUUUGGAAAGUCCCCCUCAUUAUAGUUGAGGCACAAAAUAAAAAUCUUACAUUAGAAUCGAGGCCAACCACACAGUUUACCCCAUCUUCCAGGUCACCUUCCCUUUGUCCUGUGGAACAAUCUUUAUCAGAAUUCAUUGAUAAUCCCAACAGGCAGCUUCUUUUAGAAAGUGUUCAGUAUAGCAAUCACAGUUCAGUAAAGAAGCCAAGUUGCUAUACAUCUUUGGUAGAUUUGCCCAGGUACAUUAAGAACUUCACAGGAAUAUUAAUUCUUAAUGAAACAGAUAAGGUGGCUUUGUUUUCUUGCCUUAAUGGUACUGCACUUUGGACUUCAAUUCCACAAAAUGGCUUUGUGUGUGUUGAUGGUAUAGCUGUAGAAAUUACAGAUAUUCCCCUUGGAACUGGACUUAUGUUUGAUGCUUUUUGUGAUAACCCAUCCCACUAUAAAUAUUCUGCUGUAAUGCUAUGGACUGGAAAUAGACCCCAUCAAGCAAAAUGUGCAGAUGGCACCAAAUACUUUUAUGAUGUGAAAGGCGUCUACUAUGGUGUCAGGGAAAACAAAUUUCAAAUGCAGUUGCACUUAGAUGGUGAGAUUAAAGACAUUGAGUGUCAGAAAACAGGACGUAUAAUCACGGAAGAUGGAAGUAUUGAUUCAAAAGGUUUAGUGUGGGGUGACAGAAUAUCUGUACAUCUGAAAUGUAAGGUAAACUUGAACUCAUAUCAAGUGAUCCUGAUGUUUAUGUUUAUUGAAAAAGAUCUGCUUGAAAAGUCAAAAAGUUGUAAUGAGAAGAGGAUAUUUGAUGCACAUUGCAGUAUACUGAAUGGUACACAUACUUUAGUUCCCCAAACAAACAUAAGAUCUGAGAAGGCAGAUUUUCUUCAAAAAAUACCCAAGGAGUGUAGUGAAAAUAUUUCUGUAGUGGCUGAUUCUCGAGGAGUUACACCAAAACAUUCACUCUCUGAGAAGUGUGAUAUACCUGAAAGACUUCCUUGCACUUCACAGAUUAAAGAACUCGAUACAGUGAAUGAAGAUGCACCUUCUUAUUUGAAAGAUUGCUCUGGCAUAUUAGUCAAUGUUGAUGGCUGUACGAGAGCAAUAACAUCUUUAUUCAGAGAGCCAUUGACUAUCCUUUUAAGUGAGUAUCAACGUGUUUAUCUUGAAAAUGGAACUGUUGUAAAUGUUGGUGAUGUUCCAGUAAACUCAGCUGUGAAGUUUGAUGCCCUUCUAUCUAGUACUAAGGAAACUGACUUUUGUCCCCUUAUGGUUUGGGUUGAAAAGAGACCCUCUGUACUUAAAGAUGUCCAUGGAAAUAGGUAUUUUUAUGAUGUGGAAGGAACAUACAUAGAUACACAGUGUGGUCUUUUUAAACUUUUCUUGAAGUUAGAUAAGCAGUGGAAAUAUUUGUUAGUAAAAGAAAUUAGCCAUGUCUACUUUCUUAAUGGAAGGAAAGCUCAACAUGCAUUGACACAUAAGACUAAAAUAUUGAUGCAUCUCAGGGAAGGAUAUGUGGAGGAUGAGUUUGGACUCAAAUAUAAAGCCAUUGUAAUUUUUGUUAUUGAUGAAUCUCCUUUAAGACAGCUUCAGGAUCCAGAUCACAGCAUACACUUAGUAAAUCUAGAAGAAAAAGAAAAGGCCUUGAAUAAAACUUUUGAUUUAGAUACUGUAAAUAAAAAUAAAGAUCAGCACCAAAGUUAUGAUGAAAAGGUUGGUACAGAUGUUGCAGAGCAUAACCCAUCAUCUAUACACUAUUCUGUUUUUGAAGGAAAAGUUGUUGAAACCAAAGCCAGUAUAGAGUAUAAAUUUACCUACACUCAUGAAGGAAAUACAAGAACUUUGUUGAUACCUGCAGAUAUUACUUUGGACAAGCCUUCACAGGCCAAGUCUGUCAUGGAAUUUUAUCUUUUGACUCGGAAGAGUACUCUUGGGAAAAGGGCUACACCAUAUCAUCCGAUAUGUGGUUGGUUUCACAGGAAAAGUCAUGAUGCAUAUGUCAUACAUUGUCUUAAAAUACAGUCUUUUAAUCCCAAAACACAACUGAUUAGUCUGAUAAAUCCAACCGAUGAAAGUCUUCAUUAUUUCCAGUGUGACAGUGAAUAUUUGUUCAUGGGAAGGACAAAAUCACUCAUUGAGAAUGCCUGCAGAAAUCUUAAUGUCCAUGCUGUUGUUGAAGACAUUACACCAUGUAUUGUUCAAGGUGUUUCAGUACAGAAAAGGGUCUUACUUCUUACAAGUAAUAUGGGGCUGUCUCAAGCAUCUUUGAAAUUUCUUGUACUUUCACAGGUUGAAAAUGAAAUAAAUGAGUCUAAAUCAGAUAAUCAUGUAGAUGCUGAAACUGAUUACCUUGAACAGCCACAAUUAAAUACUUGUAACAAUAGUAGUAGUAAUAAUAUUAGCUGUAACUCAAAAGAGCAUGAUUUUGAGCGAUUGAAACUAAAGCAGACAAGACCAAUAGCAGUGAAUGAUCAGAUUUGUGAAGAUAAGGAUAUAGAUGACAACAUUAAGCAUUUUGAAGAUAAUGACAAAGAAGAAAAUAUUAAGCCAUUACCUAUAGAAGAGGAUCAUCUGGAAAUCAGUAUGAAAAUUUGCUCAGAAAACAAAAGAAAGCUGUCACAAGUUGAACAUGAGGUCCUUGAAGACUCAUUAAGGAAGUCUCUCCUUGAAGAAAAUAUACUCUCUGGAGAAAAAUUGGAAAGGAUGAUUAGUAAAAAGUUGUCAGACACUUCAACUAUGCAAUCUGCAGUAAAAUACCUGACCCUUAAGGGUGAUGUGCUUCAUGGGCAUAUUAAUGGUAAUUUGAUCUUUGAGUGCGAGGAAGAAUAUAGACACAUACGUUUGCCAUCUGAUAUACUCUGUUUCAAGUGGAGAAACUCAGAGAGAUAUAAUAAGAAGAAUUACCUUUUAGUUUAUAAAAUGUUUAGUAAAAAAACUAAAGAUGUUAUAUAUCAUCCAUUGUUCAUAUGGCAUGGAAGAUACAAAUGCAGUGCAUAUAUUCUCAUUAACCAAAAGAUUGUUCUGUUUAACCCAGAAAAUAAUCUACUUGUUAUUGCUAAUGACCAGAAUAAUAGUUGUCAGUAUUGUUCAGUUGAGAAUAAUUCUGCAUUUACCAGCACAGUUAAGAUGAGUAUCAGUGAUUUCUGUGGAAAGAAGAAUGAAAUAAGGCUAAUUUAUUUUGUUGUAGAAGACAUCCCACCAAUAAGUGUUGGGGAAUAUAUUGUUAAUAAGAAGAUUUUACUUGUCAGCAGUAGCUUUGAUCUAGCUCUAUCAUCUAUAAGCACCUUUUCCUGUAACAAGAGUGACAGUAAUUUGAUAUCUGUGGCUGAGAUUUGUAAACUUGAUCAGUUAUAUCAAAUCUAUGAAGAGAGAAGAAAUAGUGCAUAUCAGUGUAAAGAAGGUCAUACUUAUUAUUUGUGGGAUAAUAAUUUUGACAUUCAGAAUAUGAAAUAUUAUGGUGGCUAUCUACAGUUUUACACAGAGAAAUAUGCUUUUAUUUUGUGUGGUAAAAAGAAGUUUAUUGCAGUGUGUCACAUAUCAAGCACAUACUAUCAAGGUAGAAACAUUUCCUCAUGGGAUGAAAUUGAUAAGAAAUUCUGGAAAAACUUCUUUGUUAUCACCUGUCCAUUAGAAAAGGAGAUAAAGAUUGAGUAUCAACAGGUGGAUGUGAUGGCUUUAGUAGGGUGGUCAUGUAGUGCCCCUGAUAUCCUUGCUGUGCAUACAUGUCAUCUACAUACUCCAACACUAUUUGUAUGUAAGGAUAUAGCUUCUAUAGAGGAGGAAGCAAUACAAUUGACAAAUCCCCAUAAUAAUGAAUUGCCAAGAGAAUCUUCUGCUUGUGCAUUUUCUUCAGAGUGUUAUGAAGAAAAUUCUAAAGUGAUAACUGCAAAUGAAAUAGAGAUUUCAGACUGCAUGGCAGGAAGCAACAUUUUCAGUAUGCAUGAACAAAUAUUAAAGUCUUGUGGCUUAAGGAGGACUGUUGCUAACUUAACUUAUUUUGAAAAACAUUUGGUUGUCUGUACAAGUGAACUUGGUGAAAUGGUUUGGUGUUACUUAUCAGAUUUCUACAUUCAUGGUGUAAAAUGCCAUUCCAUAAAAGAUUUGCUGAAGCAGAAAAAGCAAAAAUGCACCCUUGUCAUUGUACAUUGCCCAGCAGUUGUUCUUCAGGGAAAAACUGUGAAUUUAAAAGGUGUAAUUGGAUUUAUUGGAUCAGAAGUCCUAUUACCAGGCAUCCAUAUUUGCAAUUAUCACAAAGGCAUUUUGCUGAAUGUUAAAAAGGAGGAAAUAGUCAUUGCUAAAGAAAUAUUUAAUGAUAUUCAAGCAAUUUAUGAACAGUCAGUAAAAUAUGCUGCAUAUCUCCUUGAAAACUUAUGUGAUACAGAAAUUGAACAGGCAGUUUCAUUGAUUAAUGCUGGGGUACCAGAAAGAUACCUUGAAUUCCAAGGAGUUCUUGUUAAUGUUAAUGACACAGACCCUAACAAGGCUAUGGCUAGUAUUCAGCUCAGAGGAAAAGAACAUUAUGUUUGGUGCACCAUGAAGUAUUCAUUGGCCUUUAAUAAAGGCAUGUUGCUUAAUACUGUUGUAGGUUGUCCCAUCAAAGGGAUUAUACAUUCUUCAGAAUCUUCAAAUUAUUUCAAGAAGUUUAGAGUAAUGAGGGCAUGGAGGGACCUUAGCAGGUCUCUAUCUCCAGAACUAGAAGUAAAAAUCCCAGUAAAUAAAUCAUUUAUGAUUACAGAAGGAAUUUGCUGUCCAAGAGCCCAUGUAAUUCAGCAUUUUGAAUUGUUGCACAAAAGACCUGUGUUUAAAAUAUUGAUGGGAAAAAAGAUUAGCUCAAACCCUGAAAAUAGCAAAAUAGUUUUUAAGUGUACCUGUACCUCCAAAAAUGUAAUUGAGGUAAUAUGUGAAAAACAUUCUCUAAGAACUCAAGAUGCUAGUUCAUAUGAUGAUAACAGUCCAUGGUGUAUAUUGGUCCAUUAUAUAAAUAAUUUGUGUGCACCCAUUGAAGGUGUAGCAGCAUGGAAAGGUAAUGUUGCUAAUCUGAUUACUCAGGUAUGUGACGUCCACAAAAUUCAACUUUUGGAUUUAAUAUUUGUGAAUGAUACUAAGGAGGAUAAGCCUGCUUUUGUCUCAGAACAAGCACCACUUAGAGUAAAGAGCAAUAGUGAGUCACUGUACUAUGAACCUUUGAUUCCAGUAUCUUUCCAUGUAAAAAAUACAACCAGAAGCAGAAGUAAUCCACUCAUAAAUGGGUUGCAAGUGGAAGCAGCAUCUUCCACACUCAAGGAUUACACCCGUUGGGGUUUUGGAUCUCUUCCUAGUUAUUUGGAAAGUUCUUCAGGAUUUGAAAAAGGUGUUGAAGUUGAAUACAUUAACAACUUCACUGAUGAAAAGUCUUUGGCAAAAUCAGAAAACCAGCUCAAAAUGUACUCUCCUGCUAUGAAAGCAUUGGAUAAAGACUGUGAAGAUAUCACCACUGAUCCCCAGUUUAUAACAGAAACAUCUGAUUUAACUCUCAAAUAUUUUGAUGAUGAUAAUGUCUGGUAUUCUGCCAGUGAAAAAGCUGAUAUGGCCAGUUUGGUUUUGUCUGAAGCUCAGAUAUCCAACACACACAAAGAUGAUGAUACUGAGCCUGUUGAAGACUCUGAGUCAGAUAGGAAUAUUCAAAUGACUCCUAGCCAGUGUCUGGAAGGGAAUUCAAUGUCAUAUAUAGAGUCAAGCAAAUUUGAAUGCUUAGAUGAGUUUCAAGGUAUUAUUCAAAGCUCUGAUAUAAACAUUCUCAUAAGAUGCCACAACCUUUAUUUCAAUAUGUCACCUCUGAAUGAACCAUUAACAGAAUUGAUAAAAAAUGAAGAAAAUUGUGAAGUUAAGGCUAUGAUAGUGUGCCUUUCAUCUCCAAUUAGUGUUCUAGGGUACACAGUCACUCAUGAAGCUGUUAUAGCUUGGGUGGGCAAGAAGCCAUGGCAGGCAGACAAUUUGGAGAAAAUUUUUGGCUUAAAUAGGUUUCAUGAUGAUAAACAUGAACAGGAAGAGCUAGUUGCAAAUCUGAAAACCCAGUUGUGUCCAGAAGAUAGUGAAGUAGGUGUAGAAAAGGACACAAUUAUGAUAGCAGAUGAUGCUCCUCAAACUUUAUAUGGUUGUGGGUAUAGUGACAGUUGUUUCACACAUGGUAUCUUGAGAAGUAGCAGUGGAUAUAUACUAUUCACAAAGGAGUUAGUCUACCGUAACAAGGUUAGAAUGAACCAACAUAAAAAAAUAAAAAAAAUACUGUAUUUGAAAAGUAUAAAUGCUUUAAUGAUGAAACUCAAAUUUCCUGUUAAAAUAUUAGAUUGCCAAGUUACUAAUAUUGCUCUGUUGGUUUGGGUUGAUGAUGCACCAGAGGAUGUUCAGUAUACAAUUACUGACAGCUUGGACUUCUACAAGAAGAACUGGAAUAUAGAAUUUUACAUAGUACAAAAUCAACAACUUAUAGAUGUAGUAUUAGCAAAGUCAGCUACCUAUCCCCAAACUGAGGGUGAUACUGCUGGAGGGAAGCAGAAGCCCAAGGUUAAAACACAAUACUCUCCCCCAGUAGCACAGACAUGGAUUAUGAAGAAUAUAGAUGUGAAACUAGAGAGAGAGAUUGAUAGGGAAUUUGAUGUAUUAUUAGAAAAUACAGAAAGGUUUAUCAAAGCGCCAUCAAGGUGGGAAAAUUCACAAUGUAAAAUAAUCUUAGUUGGGAAUAAAUUUACAGUUCUAGAAAGUGGGAACAAGACAGCAGUUGUGCAGAAGGACAGAUUUUAUAUAGAUGGAAUAAAAUUACUAUCAUCACGUCCCAUUUCCGAGCAACUCGGAGAUCUGCGUGCUGUUGUGGCUUACCUUAUUAAAAUUGAGAAGCCUUUAUAUAUUCAACAGUAUAUCAUUACUGACUUUGCUGUACUGGCCUUUGCAGGCAAAAAGCCAAAAGGUGUUCAACUUAUUCUUGAUCAUUGGCAAGAACAAGCAGGCAAAAAAAUUAACCUCUCAACCAAGACAAAACUUAUGCCAGUCCCACAAAAGAACUUAGGUGUUAUUACACACAACAAAAAAAAAUCUAUAGACUCAAAAUCGGCUGUUGUUUUUAAACUUUUUACGGCCUCUGGAAUAUUAGAAGUGCAGAGUAAAGUAAACGAAGAGAAAGUUAGAAUCUUUUUUAGUAAAGAUCAGGUGUAUGUUAACAAGAAACCUGUACCAUUAUCUUCAUCUCUGACAGACCAUAUGGCUCCUUUUGUAAAGCAGCCUUGGAAUUGUUCAGCUCGUUUAUUUCCCCAGAAAAAGAACAAAGCUGGACAUAGAAAAAUCUGUGGUAUAGAAGCACAUUAUAUUGCAAAUUUAGUUUGGUAUGGUGAGAUGCCAUCAAAAGAAGAAAGAAAUACUAAUAAGUUAAUGGAGCAGAAUAAAAGAGAACUGACAUCAAAACAAAAAGGGACAUCUCUUACUGAUACUCAUCUAGGUCUUGCAAGCAAGAUUGUUGGGAAGAAUAUGACUCAGUCUUCAUGCAGCCAAGAAAGUAGU